CGCUUUGCUGCUUUCGAACCUACCGCCUCUCCCUGCGUACCAAGAUGGCGGCAGAAGCAGCUGGUGGGAAAUACAGAAGCACAGUCAGCAAAAGCAAAGACCCUUCGGGGCUGCUCAUCUCUGUGAUCAGGACUCUGUCUACCAGCGAUGACGUCGAAGACAGAGAAAAUGAGAAGGGUCGCCUCGAGGAAGCCUAUGAGAAAUGUGACCGUGACCUCGAUGAAUUGAUUGUGCAGCACUACACGGAAUUGACCACAGCCAUUCGCACAUACCAGAGCAUCACGGAGCGCAUCACCAACUCCCGAAAUAAAAUAAAGCAGGUAAAGGAGAACCUGCUUUCAUGCAAGAUGCUAUUGCACUGCAAACGGGAUGAGCUUCGGAAACUGUGGAUUGAAGGAAUUGAACAUAAGCAUGUCCUGAACUUGCUGGAUGAAAUUGAGAAUAUCAAGCAAGUACCUCAGAAGCUGGAACAGUGCAUGGCCAGCAAGCACUAUCUCAGUGCCACCGACAUGCUGGUGUCAGCAGUUGAGUCUUUGGAGGGCCCCCUGCUGCAGGUGGAAGGACUAAGUGACCUCAGGCUGGAGCUUCACAGCAAGAAGAUGAACCUCCACUUGGUUCUCAUCGACGAGCUGCACCGGCACCUGUACAUCAAGUCCACCAGCCGAGUUGUGCAGCGCAACAAGGAAAAAGGGAAAAUGAGCUCCCUUGUGAAGGAUUCUUCUCCUGUUCCUCUGAUUGAUGUUACAAACCUCCCCACUCCUAGAAAAUUCCUCGAUACCUCUCAAUAUUCUACUGCUGGAAGUUCAAGUGGAUAUGAAAACCCAGAUGCUCUCGUAGGCAAUGGCAGUGCGUCACUGGAGCUCUGGAGAAAGUUCGAAUCAUCCUCCCACGCCAUCAGUAUGAGCGCCUAUUUGCGAGAACAGAGAAGGGAGCUCUAUAGUCGGAGUGGAGAACUUCAAGGGGGUCCUGAUGACAACUUAAUUGAAGGUGGAGGAACAAAAUUUGUCUGCAAACCUGGAGCCAGAAACAUUACCGUCAUAUUCCAUCCAUUACUAAGAUUUAUUCAAGAGAUUGAGCAUGCCCUAGGACUUGGCCCAGCCAAACAGUGCCCUCUUCGAGAGUUUCUCACCAUGUACAUCAAAAACAUCUUCCUCAACCAGGUCUUGGCUGAGAUCAACAAGGAGAUUGAAGGAGUCACUAAAACAUCUGACCCCUUGAAGAUUCUAGCUAAUGCAGACACCAUGAAGGUGCUGGGGGUGCAGCGGCCUCUCCUACAGAGCACCAUCAUUGUGGAGAAGACAGUGCAAGACCUUAUGAACCUAAUGCAUGACUUGAGUGCAUAUUCGGAUCAAUUUCUCAACAUGGUGUACGUGAAGCUCCAGGAGUACAGGGAAACCUGCGCUGCGGCCUACAGGGGCAUUGUCCAGUCAGAAGAAAAACUCGUCAUCAGUGCUUCUUGGGCAAAAGAUGAUGAUAUCAGCAGACUCUUGAAAUCUCUACCAAACUGGGUUAACAUGGCUCAACCGAAACAGAUGAGGCCGAAGAGAGAAGAGGAAGAAGAUUUCAUAAGGGCAGCCUUUGGCAAGGAGUCUGAAGUUCUUAUUGGGAACCUGGGUGAUAAAUUAAUCCCUCCACAAGACAUCCUUUGUGACGUCAGUGACCUCAAAGCUUUGGCCAACAUGCACGAAAGCCUGGAAUGGUUGGCAGGUCGAACAAAGUCUGCUUUCUCCAAUCUUUCUACUUCUCAGAUGCUUUCUCCUGCUCAAGACAGCCACAUGUAUGUGGAUCUCCCCCCAGUGUCGGAUCUGAUCAUGCGGACUCUGAACGAACUUGCCAAGUCGUUCCAGGAUAUGGCUGACCGCUGCUUGCUGGUCUUACAUCUGGAAGUGAGGGUUCACUGUUUCCACUAUCUCAUCCCUCUUGCAAAGGAGGGAAACUAUGCCAUUGUUGCUAAUGUGGAAAGCAUGGACUAUGACCCUCUGGUGGUCAAGCUUAACAAAGAUAUCAGUGCCAUUGAAGAGGCCAUGAGCUCCAGCCUUCAGCAGCACAAGUUCCAGUAUAUCUUUGAAGGCCUGGGCCACCUGAUCUCCUGCAUCCUCAUUAAUGGGGCCCAGUACUUCAGGCGCAUCAGUGAGUCCGGCAUCAAGAAAAUGUGUAGGAACAUUUUUGUUCUUCAGCAGAAUUUGACCAACAUCACCAUGUCACGGGAGGCCGACUUGGACUUUGCAAGGCAGUACUACGAGAUGCUGUACAACACGGCUGACGAGCUCUUGAACCUGGUGGUGGACCAGGGAGUGAAGUACACGGAGCUGGAGUACAUCCACGCCCUGACCCUGCUGCACCGCAGUCAGCCCGGGACGGGAGACCAGACCACCCAGAACAUGCGGCUGCAGCGGCUCAAGGAGAUCAUCUGCGAGCAGGCUGCCAUCAAGCAAGCCACCAAGGACAAGAAAAUAACCACCGUUUAAUUGGGUGCGCUGUGGGGUGGGUGGGGGUCCUUUUUCCUUGAUCAUACAUUCUUCUUUGGUAUGUUACUUUUUGCAGUCUGAGCUGACUUAGUUUUCUCUGCACCAGUGCUUGAGUGGAGAGGUGUAAGCCUUUUCUCUUUAGUUUUGGCUUUUCAUAUAAACUCGGAAGGAAGUCUGCUGUAUGGAAUGUUUUGAUUGAACAAUUAUUAAUACUUUAAUCCUGUCAAGUCUAAAGGGACUAAGGUGGGAUAGGGAGGAACAUGGCAUCAAAUCAUUGGACUCUGAAAAAUGAAUGAAUUACUAACUAAUAUUUUAUUUGUUGCCCAACAUCAUAUAUAAAAUUCCAGCCUUAGGAUGUGGACUGCUACCUAAGUUUUAAGUCCCUUCCUAAAACCACUGGGUAGGGUUCUAUUACAUAAACAGUAGGAUUUUUAAUGUCUUGACCUUGUCAGUUUUCAAUUCAAUGAAAUAAGUGUAUGUGCAUUGCUUUCUGUCUCUAUUACCAAAAAUCAAAUAAAUGGUUUCUCACCUGGCUGUUGUUUUCCAUAAAUUUCCCUAACCAAACCAGGACCUCCUCAAGGUUAGGGGGGAAAAAAUCAUUUUAUCCCAAUCCCUGGGAGAGUUUUGUGUGCUAUAGGUUGCAUAUACAUUAUGGGUUGAUUUACUGCUUUUUUUUCUGUUGUAUCCAAACCAAGACCCAUAAAAUUCAUGACAAAAAUGGAAGAAUGAAAGGUGAGUCGACCCUCUGCUUGAUCGCCCCCUCUAAUUUCCAAGCAAAAUAAUGGUUAGAGAACUUUUCAUCUCACCUGAGACAGACAUUGUCUGGGGGUGAAUGAUUCUUAUAUGCUCACUUAUUCU